AACAUAAUAAUCUAAUUGUCACUUAAGCCUAUCAUAACAUCAGUAAGUUGCUUAGCAACGGGUGACGCCCUUCGGUAUAAAAUGAGAUUUUUCGCGGGUGAUUGUACUAUUUUGUGUCCAUUUCUUCAUUGUGUGAUGCACUUAGGCUUACGUGAUCGAUAAUCAUUUCUCUAUAAAAUAGUGUACGGUUUCUGUUAGUGAGUUUAUAAGCUGUGUAGCUUACGAGACGUCACACUACUCAUUUUAUUUUCUUUUGUUUACCGAAAUUUGAAUAAUCACAGCCUUCAAUAUAAGAUCUACAGUAUUAAUUUAUCUUAAUGUUGAGUAAAAUAACAAUUUCGUAAGCGCGGUUGGAAUUUGAUUGUGGGUGACGCCCUUCCAACGUUGAAACAGGUCACAAUAAAGUUCUAAUUGACCCGAAAGCAGUGGAUGAACUGUGAUGGCUGAAGAAAAAGGAGACACUAAAGAGCAGAAAGCUCAGUCUCCAGUAGAAGGUAAAAAUACGAAUUCAAGCCCCGAAACUAAUGCUAAAAACAAUAAAGAAGUAAAAAAAGACAAUGCGAACAGAGGAAGAUUAAUGAUUUGUCAAGUUCGAUUAUUGGAUGGAACAGAUUUUGAAAGUCACGUUGAAAGACGAGCUAAAGGAAAAGAAGUUUUUGACCAAAUAUGUGACCAUUUAAAUUUACUUGAAAAAGAUUAUUUUGGUCUUUCUUACAUUGAUACUGAUAAUUGCAGGAGUUGGCUAAACAAUGAAAAAAGAAUUAGCAAGCAAGUUAAAAAUACACCAUGGGUACUUCAGUUUGAAGUGAAAUUUUAUCCACCUGAUCCUUCCCAACUUCAAGAAGAUAUUACACGAUAUCAACUGUGUUUACAAGUUAGAAGUGAUAUUCUUAUUGGAAAACUUCCUUGCUCAUUUGUGACACAUGCAUUACUUGGCUCGUUUUUGGUACAAGCAGAAUUGGGUGAUUAUGAAUAUGAAGAACAUGGAACAAAUUAUUUGUCAAAUUUUCAUUUUGCACCCAACCAAACUGCUGAGCUAGAAGAAAAAGUUAUGGAGUUGCACAAACAACACAAAGGUCAAACACCAGCAGAAGCUGAAGUUCAUUAUUUAGACAAUGCAAAAAAAUUAGCUAUGUAUGGAGUUGACUUACACCAUGCUAAAGAUUCCGAAGGUAUUGAUAUCAUGUUAGGAGUGUGUGCUUCUGGAUUAUUGGUGUAUAGGGAAAGAUUACGUAUUAAUAGAUUUGCGUGGCCUAAAAUUCUGAAAGUCUCAUAUAAAAGGAACAAUUUUUAUAUCAAAAUUCGACCUGGCGAGUUUGAACAAUUUGAAAGUACAAUUGGAUUUAAACUAGCCAAUCAUAGAGCAGCUAAAAGGUUGUGGAAAGUUUGUGUAGAACAUCAUACAUUUUUCAGAUUGAUGACACCUGUAGCUCCACCUAAACAAAAACUUCUUCCAUACUUUGGUUCUAAGUUUCGUUAUUCUGGCAGAACUCAGUAUCAAACAAAGAAAGCUAGUGCAUUAAUAGAUCGUCCACCACCUGAUUUUGAACGCUCAUUAAGUACUAGACAUUUAGCUUCAAGGAGUAUGGAUGGGGGAAUGUCAGCCUUAGGUCAGUCAAAGGAUCAGCUUUCUCCUGAUAAACGCCUAGAUGAGAACAAACGACAUACACUUGCAGGUGCUCCUCAAGGAAUCUCAAAUGAGGAUUUGGAAAAAGAUAAAUAUAAAACUCCAACUGAAAAACAACCUACUGAAAAGGAUGAAGUUAAGAAAGAAGGAAAGAAACCUGUUGGUGGAGUUGCUGUUUUACCCCCAAUGGAUAUCAGAAGAAUAGAUCAAUCACCUACAGAAAAUGCUAAAGUUAUAAAGAAAAUAGAAUCAAAACCCUUGGAAUCUGGUAGAAAAUUUAAUGAUGAGGAAAAGGGAUCUCCAGAACCAAUAAAGAGUUCUCCUGGCCCUACUACUAGUACUCCAAAUCACACACAUGCAAUAUCUGUAAAAUCAGAUAAGUCAAACAUUCCAUACAAAACUUCUCCAGGAUCUCCAUAUACUAAAGAAUAUAGUCAUGAUGUUGAUGACUCUACCAAUAAGAGACCAUACAGUCCCAAAGCUCUUGGUUUUACUUAUACUGAGCAGAAUAAAAAUGCAUCAGAAGCACCGAAUGAAGAAAUAUCUUCGCCUACAAAACGUGCUACCGCCAUAGCUUUUACAUAUGCUCCAUCUGGUGUAGAUGAAAAGAUUUCUCGAAAUGCCGAGAAACCAUCUGCAGUUCAGAAAAGUGAAGUAAAAUCACCCAUAGAAGAAAAACAAAAACAGCCUACUACUUCUACUAUUACUCCUACUACUGCUGCUGCUACAACAACAACAACUACUACUACAAGUACUGUUAAGGUAGCUACAAAAGUUGAAAAUAUUGAACCUUCUUCAAGUUCAUCUGAACAUUCAUCAACUAGCAGUCUUGACCAAUAUGGAGCUGAGAAAGAAGGAAAAGCUGCAGCAGUUCAUCCAAAAGAAACAUCUCCCGAAGAUCUUUCUAAGAAGAAAGAAAAUGAACAAUUAAAGAAAAAGGAAGACCAGCCCUCUGACAUUUCAAAAGGAAUAAUUUCAACUAAACCAGUUAUAGUAGGUGUAGUUCCUGCUGGAAAGAAGAAAGAACCAUCGUCACCAACAAAGCUGGAAACUAUAAAGCCUACAGUUUUUGAAUCAAAAUCAAGUACCGUGACAAAAGAACAUGUAGAAGAACCCACAGAAAAAGGUGUCGAGAAAAGCAAAGCGACGAGUACUGUUCUCAAUGAACAGAGAAUUGUGACGCAGCAAAUAUCAAAAAGUACAAAAGUUGUUUCGGGCACUCUUGAUGAUAUCCAGCCAGCUAUUGUGAAAACUGAAACAAUCAAAUACAGUCCUACGUCAGUAAGUAACGAACAACAUUCUACCACAACUGUUCCUCUUGUUGCCACAGAGACACGUAAAGUGACAUAUCCUCCAAAUCAAACACCAAAAUCUCAAAGUCCUCCACCAAACUUGUCUUCAUCAGAGGAAAUAGGUGAAAUAAUCAGCACUUCAACUGUCUCCAGUAAAACAAGAACUGUUGAAACAAUAACUUAUAAAACAGAGAAAAAUGGAGUGGUUGAGACACGAGUGGAACAAAAAAUUACAAUACAGAGUGACGGCGAUCCCGUUGAUCACGACCAAGCACUGGUAGAAGCCAUUCAGGAGGCCACCAUGAUGAAUCCUGACAUGACUGUAGAGAAAAUAGAAAUCCAACAACAAUCCAAUAAACAGUGAUAUUUAAAAAAAGAUCAUUAUAAAUUUAUAAUAUAAGUAAAUUUAAUGAAGGAUCAAAACAAUCAUUGUGGGAGUAUUGCUUGUCGUUAAAACAUUUUUGCUAUCAUAGAGAACUAAUUUGGAAAGUGAUUCCAAGGAAAAAAAAAAAAUA